UGGCAUGGGCCCUAAGUGCCGGGCACUGACCACAGCCGGCACUGGAGGGUCAGGCAGGCCUUGAAGGAGGUGAGGUCUGAAGGGCUGAGCCCAGGUCUGGAGGCGGGCAGAGCACCCUGGCCUGAGAGAUGCCUGGCAAACAGUCCGAGGAAGGGCCGGCGGAGGUGGGGGCUUCAGAGGACGGCGAGGAGGAGGGCCUGGGCGGCCUGACCGUGGAGGAACUGCAGCAGGGCCAGGAGGCUGCUCUGGCUCUGGAGGACAUGAUGACGCUCAGUGCUCAGACCCUGGUCCGGGCCGAGGUGGACGAGCUCUACGAGGAGGUGCGUCCCCUGGGCCAGGGUCGCUACGGCCGAGUUCUUCUGGUCACCCAUCGUCAGAAAGGCACACCCCUGGCACUGAAGCAGCUCCCCAAAGCCCGCACGUCCCUCCGUGGCUUCCUGUAUGAGUUCUGUGUGGGCCUCUCGCUGGGCGUGCACUCGGCAAUCGUGACAGCCUACGGCAUUGGCAUCGAGUCGGCAGAGUCCUACAGCUUCCUGACGGAGCCCGUCCUGCACGGGGACCUCAUGGCCUUCAUCCAGCCCAAGGUGGGCCUCCCGCAGCCCGCAGUGCACCGCUGCGCCGCCCAGCUGGCCUCCGCCCUGGAGUACAUCCACGCGCGCGGCCUGGUGUACCGGGACCUGAAGCCGGAGAACGUGCUGGUGUGCGACCCCGACUGCCGGCGCUUCAAGCUGACCGACUUCGGUCACACCAGGCCUCGCGGGACGCUGCUGCGCCUGACCGGGCCGCCCAUCCCCUACACGGCCCCCGAGCUCUGCGCGCCCCCGCCCCUCCCCGAGGGCCUGCCCAUUCAGCCGGCUCUGGACGCCUGGGCGCUGGGGGUCCUGGUCUUCUGCCUCCUCACCGGCUACUUCCCCUGGGACCAGCCCCUGGCCGAGGCCGACCCCUUCUACGAGGACUUCCUCAUCUGGCAGGCCUCGGGCCAGCCGCAGGACCGUCCUCAGCCCUGGUUCGGCCUGGCCCCCGCGGCCGACGCGCUUCUAUGGGGGCUGCUGGACCCUCACCCCCGAAGGAGGAGCGCCGUGAGCACCAUCAGGGAGCACCUGGGGCGCCCCUGGAGGCAGCGGGAGGGCGAGGCUGAAGAAGUGGGAGAGGUGGAAGAGGAGGCCGGGCAGUGAGCGGGCCUGGGGCUGGCAGAGAGGGAAGCCGCCCCGCCCGCGGCCUCCAGGCUGUCACUUGGCGGCUCUUGGUUUCUCCUCUGUGUUUUCAUCCCUGUGGCUUGGGAUUCCCCUCCGCGUCCUCCUAUCUCCUCUCUGCAGGCUGCUUCCCUGCCUUGGUCCACGGGGGCCUCAGACAUCUGUGCGCUCCUCCGUCCCUGCCGCCACCUUCCCCGGGGGGGCCUCAGACCUCCGUGCGCCCCUCCGUCCCUGCCGCCACCUUCCCCGGGGGGGCCUCAGACCUCCGUGCGCCCCUCCGUCCCUGCCGCCACCUUCCCCGGGGGGGGGGGCCUCAGACCUCCGUGCGCCCCUCCGUCCCUGCCGCCACCUUCCCCGGGGGGGCCUCAGACCUCCGUGCGCCCCUCCGUCCCUGCCUCCACCUUCCCAGGGCCUCUGCACUUGGUGUUUGCUCGGGACUCAUCCCCUCACGCCCUGCACUUUUAUUUUUUUUGAGACAGGGUCUUGCUCUCCCAGGCUGGACUGCAGUGACUUGAUCUCAGCUCACUGCAGCCUCGAAAUCCACAGCUCCAGCAAUCCUCCUGCCUCAGCCUCCUGAGUAGCCGGGAUUACAGGCAUGCGCCAACACGCUCGGCUAAUUUUUUAAACUUUUUUAUUUUAUUUUAUUUUUGAGACGGAGUUUCGCUCUUGUUACCCAGGCUGGAGUUCAAUGGCGCGAUCUCGGCUCACUGCAACCUCUGCCCCCUGGGUUCAGGCAAUCCUUCUGCCUCAGCCUCUGGAGUAGCUGGGAUUACAGGGCUGCACCACCAUGCUCAGCUAAUCAAAACAUUUUUUUUAAUAGAGAUGGGGGUCUUGCUAUGUUGCUCAGGCUAAUCUCAAACUCCUGGCCUCAAGCAAUUCUCCAGCCUCAGCCUCCCACAGUGCUGGGAUAUCAGCUAUGCACCAAAUGCUUACUGUCUGCCCCCCCAUCCCCCACGGUACUGUUCUCUAGGACGUGUGUCCUCUUCUCACUGCAUGGCUUAUUUUUUGUGGUUAUUUUGUGAGCUCCUGCAGUCAGGGGUCUUUGCCCAUCCCAUUUGCUGACGGACCCAUGUACUCAGCGAUGGCCUGCAGCAGGUGUCAGGAAAUGUCUAUGAAAUAAACGAGCCAGUGUGGUGUGGCAGGGCCUCCUCUCUGUCCCUGUCCUCCUGACGUCCUCUCCCUACUCUCCAGCCGGGUCUCCCUCCCACCUGGCACCACCCUCUGUGAUGUGCUUGCCUUCUUUCGCCCCAGCGGCUCGGCAAAUAAACUUCAUCUGGCACUCCCAUCCCAGUGCUGCUGCGAGUCUGUCCACUGGGGAAUGAGAAGGGGGGUGCACAUCAGAGGGCGUGCAGAGGUGAGAGCGUGGGGUGCAGACACAGAGAGCAGGGAGAGAUGGAGAGAGACAGAGAUACACAUAGAGAAACAUGCAGGAGAGAAAAAGGAGAGAUGGAGAUAGAGAAACAGACACAGGAAGAAACGGAGGAUGAGAGAAAGAGACACAGAGAAGGAGAAACAGACGGAGGGGGAGAAAGACAGGGAGAGACAGAGGGGCAAGGAUGACCUGCUGCUGCCUGAGCCUCCCGGCAGGGGGUCCUGAGGCAGAGCUGUGGGCAGGAGGGAGUGAGCCACUUGCUUCUAAGAAUCCCUUCCUUUACCAAACCAGUUUGUGUGCUAACAAUGGAAUGAAAAAUACCGUCCUCAAAGCUUCCAUCAAGGAACUAUACGCGUGUGUGCAUCUGUUUGCAGGUGUGAAUGUCAUGUGUGAGCAUGAGUGUGUGCAUGAGUUUGUGCACAUGUGUGUGUGAGCAUGAGUGUGUGCACAUGUGAGCAUGAGUGUGUGCCAGUGAGUGCAUGAGUGUGUGCAUGUGUGUGAGUGCACACGCAUGUAAAGGAGGGAGGAUGGGGUGCAGAGGUGGAGAGAGACAAACGGGAGAGAAAACGGAGAGAUGGAAAUAGAGGAAGAGAGAAACCAUGGGGGAGAGAGAAGGACAGGCAGAGAUGUAGACAGUAGACAGAGGAAGGGAGAGAGAGACGGAAGGGUGAGGAUGACGGAGCUGGUGCUGCCUGAGCCUCGCCACGUGUGGACGAUAACACAGCUUUGUGCCUGUUGUGUGUCCACGAGCACGUGAGCUUGUGUGUGCUGACGUCCUUGUGUGUAUGGGGUGAAUGUGCCUCACUGUGUGUGGAUGUCGGAUCGGUGUGUGUGUGCACACGCCUGU